AUGUCUUUUCAAUCUGUCAGAGCUUCUCAGAUCUUCGAUUCUCGAGGCAACCCAACAGUUGAGGUAGUAGUUGAAACUCUUCAAGGUCGAUUCGUAGCCGGAGUUCCCUCAGGCGCUUCGACCGGAAGUCACGAAGCAGUUGAGCUCCGUGAUAAAGGAGAUGCUUAUGGCGGCAAAGGCGUCUCGAAAGCCGUCAAAGCCGUAAACGAGGUCUUGGGGCCGGCUUUAAUUCAAUCCGGCAUCAAGGCUUCCGAGCAGGCUAAAAUCGACCAGUUGCUGAUACAGCUUGACGGUACCGACAACAAGAGCAAAUACGGCGCCAAUGCAAUUCUAGGCAUUUCCAUGGCUGCUGCACGAGCAGGCGCUGCUGAAAAGGGCUUGGAACUAUUUGAACAUUUGGCGGACUUAACCUUCCCUCAACGUGACAAAGCUAAACCUUACGUACUGCCUGUUCCUUGCACCAAUCAGCUCAAUGGUGGUGUACAUGCAGGAAAUCAGCUUGCUCCUCAAGAGUUCAUGGUACUUCCAACGGGGGCUACUUCGUUUGAGGAGGCGAUGCGUAUUGUGACGGAAUGUUACCAUUCGUUGAAAUCGGUAAUCACUGAGAAAUUUGGCCUCGCAGGAACUGGUAUCGGUGACGAGGGAGGCUUUGCUCCGCCGGUUGAUUCGAUUGAUCAAGCUCUGGACCUCUUGGUGGAGGCAAGCGCCAAAGCUGGCCACUCGAACAAUGUUCAUUUUGCCAUUGACCCCGCCUCCUCAGAGUUCUUUAAAGACGGUGUGUACGACCUGGACUUCAAGUCUACCGAUCAACUUGAAACCCAUCGAUGCCUAUCUCCAGACCAGAUGGCAAGUCUGUACAAUGAUCUUAUCUCGAAAUAUCCAUUGAUACUUCUGGAAGACCCGUUUGCCGAAGAUGAUUGGGAUAGCUGGACAAAGUUUAUGGAAAAGAUUAAUGGAAGGAUUGAGGUGGUAGGAGACGACCUUCUGUGCACUCAAGUCAGCAGGGUAAAAAUGGCCAAGAAAGCAUCAGCGUGUGAUGGCCUUCUUCUAAAGAUCAACCAAUGCGGUACUAUUAGCGAAGCGAUUGAAGCUGCCCAGACCGCUUAUAGCUAUGGUUGGUCUGUUUUUGUAUCUCAUCGUAGUGGUGAGACCAUUGACGAUUUCAUUGGUGAUAUCGUAGUAGGUCUGCAAACUGGACAUAUCAAGUCUGGGGCGCCUUGCCGAGGCGAGAGGUUGGCCAAAUAUAAUCGCUUGCUCCAAAUUGAGCGACUUCUCAAAGAGCGUGGCCAUCCUGUUCGGUAUGCAGGAGUGGAUUUCAGGCGGGCGGCUACCUGGUAG